CCUUGUGAGGCUGAGCUUCAGGAGUUAAUGGAACAAAUUGAUAUCAUGGUAAGUAACAAAAAAUUGGACUGGGAAAGAAAGAUGCGGGCUUUGGAGACACGAUUAGAUCUUCGGGAUCAAGAGUUGGCAAAUGCACAAACUCGUUUGGAUCAGAAAGGUCAAGAGGUGGGGUUACUUCGACAGAAGUUGGACAGUCUGGAAAAAUGUAAUUUAGCAAUGACUCAGAAUUAUGAAGGACAACUACAAACCCUAAAAGCUCAAUUUUCCAAACUAACAAAUAGCUUUGAAAAACUGAGAUUACACCAGAUGAAACAAAACAAAUUUCGACGAAAAGAAAUACCAUACCUCAAAGAAGAAAUACCCUUUGAACUGAGCAAUCUGAACCAGAAAUUGGAGGAAUUUAGAGCAAAGUCAAGAGAAUGGGACAAGCAAGAGAUACUAUAUCAGACUCAUCUGGUUUCUUUAGAUGCUCAACAAAAAUUAUUAUCUGAGAAGUGUAAUCAAUUUCAGAAACAGGCACAAAGUUACCAAACUCAACUAAAUGGUAAAACACAGUGCUUAGAAGACAGUAGCUCUGAAAUUCCUCGUUUGAUAUGUGAACCAGAUCCCAGUUGUGAACACAAUGAAAGGGAUGAGUUCAUUAUUGAAAAAUUAAAAUCAGCUGUGAGUGAAAUAGCAUUAAGCAGGAAUAAGUUACAAGAUGAAAAUCAGAAGCUCUUACAAGAACUGAAGAUGUACCAAAGACAGUGCAAGGCCAUGGAAGCAGGACUCUCAGAGGUGAAAAGUGAGCUACAGUCACGUGAUGAUCUCUUGAGAAUUAUAGAAACAGAACGAUUACAGUUACACAGAGAAUUAUUAAAAGUAGGAGAGUGCCAAAAUGCUCAAGAAAAUAAAAAGAGACUUGAGUCAUCUUAUUCACCUUCAAUUAAAGAACCAGAAAGGAAAAGGAAAGAGCUGUUUUCGGUGAUCCCAAAUCAACCACAUCAUGAAAAAGAAUUGAACAAGAUAAGAAGCAAACUCCAACAGGAGGAAGAGUACCACAGCUCCGAGCAGGAAAGAAUGAGGAACGAAAUCUCUGACCUAACAGAAGAGCUUCAUCAGAAGGAGAUCACUAUAGCAACUGUCAUGAAGAAGGCUGCCCUUCUUGAAAGACAGUUAAAAAUGGAAUUAGAAAUAAAAGAAAAAAUGUUAGCAAAACAACAGGUCUCAGAUAUGAAAUAUAAAGCUGUCAGAACUGAAAACACACAUCUGAAAGGAAUGAUGGGAGAUUUAGACCCUGGACAGUACAUGGGUAUGGAUUUCACUAACAGGGACUAUUCAAGGCAUACAUCUAUAAACAAACUGGAAUAUGAGAAUGAAAGGCUCCGAAGUGAUCUUGCAAAACUUCAUGUCAAUGGAAAAUCAGCAUGGACUAAUCAAAAUACCUAUGAAGAAACAGGAAGAUAUGCCUAUCAAAGCCAAAUAAAAAUGGAAAAAAAUGAAGACAGACUUAACCAAGACUGUGAGCCACAUAGAAGUGCAAUGCCUCUAGUGCCACUAGUGGCAUUACAAACCAAAGAAGUCACAAGUCCUUUGGUUAGCGAUGAUGAAGUAUUCCCACUGUCUCCCCCAGAUAUAUCCUUCCCAGCUUCUUUGGCUGCACAGCAUUUCCUAAUGGAAGAAGAGAAGCGAGCAAAAGAACUUGAAAAACUUCUAAAUACACAUAUUGAUGAACUGCAAAGACAUACAGAGUUUACUCUUAAUAAAUACACCAAGCUAAAACAAAAUAGACACAUAUGA